UGGAUGGGUCAGUGCUGACCACAGCACCCGGGAAGUGGCUGAGGGGAGCUGUGCAGAGCAGCACUGGCCAUGGGGACAGUGGCCCCAGUCCUUUUGGUACUGCUCAGCCUAAGAGUGACUAUUUGUGAUGCUGAGGACACCUGCUCAGAGGUGAGAAUAGUGGGACUGCGUGACGCUGACCGACUUGCCAUUCUUCAAGGAUGUCCAGGGAUCCCAGGUGUCUCUGGCCCAAAAGGAGAAGCAGGUCUCCCAGGAACAAAAGGAGAAACGGGAGACCAGGGAUUCCCUGGGAAAGCAGGACCACCUGGUGCAAAAGGAGCAGCUGGAGAGCCUGGCUUCCCAGGACUGAAAGGAACAAAAGGAGAGCCUGGAUUUCCAGAAAUAUGGGAACCGGAGAACUGCCAAGAACUGUUGGCCAAAGGGAAGAUUUUCAGUGGCUGGUACACAAUCUACCCCCAAGACUGCAAUGCCACCACCGUCUUCUGUGACAUGGACACGGAUGGUGGGGGAUGGAUUGGUCUCUUUCAGGUUUUUCAGAGGCGCUGGGAUGGAUCAGUGAACUUCUUGCGAGAUUGGGAUUCAUACAAACGAGGCUUUGGCAACCAGCUGACGGAGUUCUGGAUGGGGAAUGACAACAUCCACUUCCUCACCUCUCUGGGACCCUGUGAACUCCGUGUUGACCUCAGAGACUUUGAGAACAACUACUAUUUUGUCAAGUAUGCUUCAUUCAGAGUUUUAGGAGAGUCAGAGAAAUACAGACUGAUUCUAGGAGACUUCCUUGGUGGAAACGCUGGGGACUCCUUAUCGUACCACAAGGACAUGCCAUUUUCAACAACAGAUCACGACAAUGACAUGAGUUCCUUUAACUGUGCCACAGAAUAUAAGGGAGCGUGGUGGUACAAUGACUGCCAUUACUCCAACCUGAACGGGAUGUACUGGAUGGGUGCACAUGGGAGCUAUGCUGAUGGCAUCAACUGGAAGACAGGCAAAGAAUACCACUACUCCUAUAAGCAAACAGAAAUGAAGUUCAGGCCAGUUUAACAUGGUAACAGGGUGCCUGACUAGGUCCAAGAGGUGCCACUCACCCACCAACAGAAGACACAAAACAAUGUUGCUUGGGGACAAAAAUGGACCAGAAAGAGUAUUACAGGUUGUCCCUUCUGCCUAGAGCAGGAUUUUUGAAGCCAGAAGCGGUACUGGUUUGAGCUUCUGUAAGCACCAGAUCCUGACCCUCUCUCAUCCUGAGUACCUUCAGCAGCCCCACUGAUGCAGACUGAGCCCAAGUACCUUCUUCUGAAAAGUGUGUUAUCUUGAUUUAAAGACCAGGUGAUGAGUGGAGCCAGUGCACCUCAGUAAAGCUCUCUGAUAUUACUACCCUAAAUGGUAAUUACUGCUAAUCUCCAGUAUAAUCCAUGUAUAUGAAGACUCCAAUUUGCAUGCAGCCUCUUUCUAUUGGACCCAAGAGCCAUCCAAAAGGCACUGAAUUCCUGACCUGUCCCACUCUCCCCGCAGGCUGUGAUGGAGCCACAACAUAGAACAGCAUGGAAAAGACUGAGCUUCCAGCACAGUGUGUAGGAAUCCACGAAAUCAGAGGGUUUUGGGAAAGCUGCAAAAGGCAGGCCUCAGAGACAGCAGAACUGUGAUUAGAGCUAAGCAGUAGCCAUGAGAUAGGUCAGCAGAAAAAUUAUUUAAAAAGUAGAAAAGCAAGGACAAAUAGAACAAUGGUCUGUGUAUUAACGCUUGUCUAGAAUAACUCCCUAAGCUACAGAAAAGUUUAUCUAGCAAGAUAUUAGGAAGUUUGAAGCUUAAUAAUGGAGCUCUGUGCAUUGUGUUUUAAUGCUUACAAGUAGGUAUUGUAUUCAAAAUAAGCAAGCAUUGUUUUAACCAAAGGUACGUGUACUUAUAGGUUGGAUAGAACUACUGUCAAUGAGCUUUUGCUUUGUGUGAUUGGUCAAAAAACUUCUAAAGUUGUAACACUAAGUUCUUGGUCUGCUGCUUGGGAUGUGAGCUGCUGGCAUCUU